AUGACAGUGGAAAAAUUACCACCCAAUGAAUUUAUAGUUAAGGUACGCAGAGGUCGUAUUGAUCGGCCUGUUUACAUGAAGAGAAGAGCCGUAAUGAUAUUCAAUCGUGAUCAAAAAGACAUUACUUUUUCAUACGAUAACUGUUGCACUAUAUUGAAAGCAAAACUUAUAUCUCAAGUGCCUUGGUCGCCUCCACGAGGAUGCACAUUACGAUUCAUGUCAGAUACUCGAAAUGAAGAGGAAAUGAUUUUGGAAUUUGAAAGUCACGAAAAACUGAUGGAAGCAUUCUCCAUUCUAAAGAGCAAGUAUUUAGAACGAUCGCAAUUUGUGUUUUCGACUGAACUGCACAGUGGUCGAGGUUUGCAUACAACUAAUGUUGAAAACAGGAUGGAAAGACCUACUGACGACGAAGCACCUCCAAUGGCUGUGGAAUCUCGAAGAAGUCGCGUUAAAAAACGUUAG